AUGGGAAGAGGCAGAGGAGUUGCGGCUCUGAAACCCACGGCGGCGGAGGUAAACGAAUCAAGGCCGAUGCUAGUAUUGAAGGAAGUUAGAUACCGUGGCGCGAGGAAGAGACCGUGGGGAAGAUUCGCCGCUGAAAUCAAAGACCUGUUGAAGAAAGCAAGGGUUUGGCUCGAAACCUUCGAUUCUGCCGAGGACUACCUGCGCUUACGAUGCCGCCGCAAGAACACUCUAGGGACCAAAAGCCAAGACCAAUUUUUCUCGCCGCUCAGGAUCCAGCCCUCGAUGUAG